UUAUGGCAUCUUUAAGUACUAACGAACACUUGAGGGAGUCGUGGUGAAUUCACCUUCACAAUGGAAGCGUUAAGAGCAAUACAACACCAGCUCUGCGACCAUGUGGCCCGUCGUCUGGACUGCCAUGCGUACCUACGCCCCGUAUGUGACCUUCCCUGUGGCGCUGGUAGUCGGGGCGGUAGGCUACCACCUGGAGUGGUUCAUACGGGGAACCCCGACCACCAAGCAGGAGGAGAGGGGGAUCCACGAGAUGCGGGAGGAGCGGAGACUUGCGGAGCUGGCGGGUCGGGAUAGUACGGAGGUGAUUAGUCUGAAGGAACGGGUGGAGUUCACACCACGGGCAGUGCUGGAGAGAAACAGACCGGCGGAGAAGAGUUGAACAGAGGUGGUGUUGAAAUGAACCCCCUCCCCACUCCGUGGAGCCAAAGAGGGAAAUAAUUUGAACUGACUUUAGUGUCAUCUUCUCAAUCACUUGCGCUUCACAUCAAUGAUGCCAUCCAUCCCUUGUGGACAUAAGAAUAUUGGUACUGUAUGGGACACUUGACUGUGAAUGGGCUUGGAGAGUGUGGUUGUUGAAUUGUAAUGUAUGUCUUAUAUGCUGUAAAUGAUAAAUUAGGGACACACUACACAAGCAUAGGCCUACAGACAGUCUCAGAAUACGCAUCAAGUCCACCAGUCUGAAAAGCGUUACCAAACCAGCACAUUUUAUUUAAAAAUCCUUGAAUGUAAGUGUAAAGAGGUUUGGAGUUUCAUUUUCUUUAUGGCAUGGAAGAGUUGGGCCUACAGUUUUUUUCUGGAAUCUGUGUGUCUACAUUUUUAACUAGACAGACCCAGCUCUGUCUUCUCUGGAACUGGAAAUGUCCAAGUUAACUGGGUGUUAACUUAACUUGAUCCUGUUAUAAUGUGAUGAUGAUCCAUGUGUGCUUGUUUUGAGUGCCUUGAAGAGAGAUGUUUAUAUUGUAAUUGACUGACAUCAAAUGCAAUAUGUUAUAGAAUAAAAACAAAGUAUUAUAAAUGAAA